CAUUCAUGUAUUGGUAGUAGUUUGGCAUAGAAAUGACUGGUUAAUUCUGUUUUCAACGCAUGAUUUAACAUCAGGUUCAAGAAAUAUAAUCGACAUUCCACACAUCAUCUACUCUAACCAUUAAAUGGUUUGUCCCAUGUAGAGUUUAGGGAAGGCUAGUGGCUUCUAGAAUGACUGUAUGUCACAUAAUCACAUUCCACAAAGCUGAAAUUCAUCUGUUCAUAAUAAUCUGGUCCAAAACAUUUUUACAUGAGUUGUGCUGCUAGUUAACUGCAUUGUUUGGUUUAGCUUAUGAACUGUAGCAACUAAGCAUCUCUACAGAUAUAUCUAAUAUUCACUCGAAGGAUCAGAUCAAUAAUAUAGAAGUUUCUAAACAGAUACAAAUUUCACUAUGGAGUAGUUGAAUCAUAUGAAUACCUGUAGCAUGGAUCCCCUCACUUGUCGUGUUAUUGUUAGAUAUAUAGAGUUGUAUUUGUGCUUGUAUUGUGUUUCUUGUAACCCAAGCCUAUACGGCCUAUAUAAUGAAAGGUCACCCCCCUUCCUAGGGUGUGUGGUGUUUCCCUAAUUCUCUACAUGGUAUCACGAGUCCGGGGCCCCUCUCCCCUGCCGUGCGCCCUCCUUCCGCUGCCCUAGACGCCAACCAGGGACUUCCCCAGUUGGCGCCACACCUCCUCUCCCUGCCCUAGCCGCCGAUCAGGGACCUCCCCUGCCGGCGCCACCCCUCCUCCCCCUGCGCCCUACCCUAGAGCGCUGCUCCACACCACCAGCCACCGCCUACCUUGCGUGUGGCUCCUCCCUGCAGCCUGAUCUCUUCAGCCGCAGGUUCCUCAGAUUGCAUCUGCAAUCAUGUCGACCUCCUCCGCCACUUCAGCGUCGUCCGGCGCCCCCACCAUGCCUGCUGCCACAGAUACAUCAGCAGGCGCCCUCUUCCUCCACCCCUACGCCACGAUCUUUGUCAAGUCUCAUGUUCCCCUUGAACUGGAACUGCACAGCGCCAACUACGGGAAGUGGUCGGCCUUCUUCAAGGCGAUGUGCGGCAAGUUCGGGCUUCUUCAUCACAUCGACGGCUCCGUUCCCCCUCGCCGCACUGAUCCCGCUUGGGAGCAGAUUGACUGCUGCGUUCGCAUGUGGCUCUACGGCUCCGUCUCUCAAGAUGUUCUUGACUUCACCAUGGCUGAAAAUCAGACGGCGCGGGAGCUCUGGGUUGCCAUCUCUAACAAGUUUCAGGCCAACAAGGCUCCCCGCGCCAUCUUCCUGAGCGAGGACUUCCACUCCAUGACUCAGGGUGAUCUUUCCGUCAUGGAUUUUGGCAAGAAGAUGAAGCUAGCUGCCGACGUCCUGCGUGAAGUUGGUCAUCCCGUCGCCGAGCCCACCUUGGUGCUGAAUUUGCUGCGGGGUAUUCACCCCAAAUUCAGCAACACCAAGGACAUCGUCGCCGGCACCAAGGACAUCACCUUUGAUGAAGCCCUUAAUCAGUUUGCCCUCAAGGAGCUGCGCAUGGCCAAUGAGGCGAAGGUGCUGUCCUCCACAGCGCUGGUCGCCGCCACCAAAGGCUACGGGUCUUCCUGCCGUCCAUCCUCAUCUACUGCACCGCCGCCGCAGCAGCAGCAUCUUCAGCUGCCGCAGCAACAGCAGCAGCAGCGCCGGCGCAGGAAGAAGGGCGGCAAUGGAAGUGGUGGCGCCCAGCAGCAGCAAUACCAGCAGCAGCAGUAGCAGCAGCCCCGCGGGCCUACUCCCACCAGCCCGUGGGUCUGCUUCUCUCCGUGGGGCACUCCCGGCGGUCAGGGCUGGUCCUCCAUUGGUGGCGGCGGCUCCUGGCGCGGUCAGGGCGUGCUGGGACCUGCUCCUCAGCAAGCCUACACUGCGUUCGCCCCCUGCAGUUCUCCACCCCACCCCAGCAGUAGCAGUACCAGCAGCCCACACAGACAUGGGACCAGGCGGGUCUCAUUGCGGCGCUACAACAGAUGCAGCUGCAGGGCUCCUCUCCAUGGGUGAUGGACUCAGGCGCCUCCACCCACAUGCACUACUCGGAUGGACCUCAGCACGCGGCGCGUGAUUCUUCGCUGCAAUAGCGAUGGUGACCUAUACACCAUAUCCGCUGCUACUCCUAGCACCGCCCAAGCCCUCCUUGCUGCAUCGUCGUCGCUAUGGCAUCAGCGUCUUGGUCACCCGGGGU